AUGAAAACAUAACGUGGCCGGUCAAAGCUAUCUUGAUCUCGCCGGAUCGGGAAACUGAACUUGUUAAUAAACGUCGGGCCGUGCUUGGACCGUGCGCAAACACUCGACUCUGAAACUUUCAUUAUCACGCUACGCUCUUGGGACCCAGAAACAAAUGAAAGGCGAAUUACCUCAGUAAAGGCGUACGGCCACCUACAGUAUACUCUAAAUUUUCGGAUUAGUCAUUUGCUAUGACAAAAUACCGCGAAACUCGCAAGAGGCUUUUCUCUCAACCGCACGGGGUCUCACUUUUCAUUCUCUCCCUCAUCCUCUCAACAUGUCUACCAAUAUUUCUCGGACAGCUUCUCUUGAAACUGUUCGUGAACUUGGUCUUCCGAUAGACGAGAAGAAGGAUGGAGACAGCAGAAAUGAAACUAACAUUGACAAGAACACUGUGGGAACGGCGGGAGAAAAUGUAGAUGACUUUCCUGAUGGUGGCUUAAGGGCUUGGUCUAUGGUAUUAGGUACAUUUCUAUCCGCUUUUGCGACAUUCGGAUUCGUAAAUUCAUGGGGGGUAUUCCAGUCUUACUACGAGCAAACGAUUUUGAAGGAUUCUUCGCCCUCUGAUAUCGCUUGGAUAGGCUCCGUACAGUAUGCCCUGAUUUUCCUUCCCGGACUUAUAACUGGACGCAUGUUCGAUAUUGGCAUCUUCAAAAUCCCGUUCGCUGUAGCUAGUCUGGUGUUGGUCGCAACAAGUAUGCUCACCGGUCAGUGUACUGAGUACUGGCAAUUCAUACUUUGUCAGGGAGUUGCUCUCGGGUUGGCAUGUGGUACUCUAUUUGGACCGUCUAUGGGAAUAAUAGGCCAUUGGUUCAAGAAGAAACGGGGACUCGCUCUCGGUAUCAACGCCUGUGGGUCUUCUCUUGGUGGAACCCUCAUCCCAAUUGCAACUAGGAGGCUUCUUGUCGAAGUUGGCUUUCCCUGGACCAUGCGAAUCUUAGGCUUCCUCAUGCUCUUUGUCCUCGCCUUCCCGAAUCUCCUCCUUGCUAGACGAUUGCCCCCAAAACGAAUAUCGGGGGGGAUGUUAAACUGGGCUGCGUUCAAGUCGGCACCGUACUCGGCUUACUGCGCGUCUUCCUUAGUUGCAUUCUUGGGACUAUACACCGUACUCACCUAUAUCGAUAUCAGCGCUUCUGCAGCGGGCAUCGAUGAAGACUUCUCGUUCUACCUUGUUUCGAUCGCCAAUGCUGCCUCCGGUUUCGGUCGCCUGUCGUCUGGAAUUGCCUGCGAUAAAAUAGGUGGAAUCAACUUUAUGGCGCCGAUGACACUAGUUGCGGCUGCAUUGACAUAUGCCUGGCCGUUCGCUACUACAAAAGCGGAUUUUGUCGUCGUUGCGAUCAUUUACGGAUUUGCUUCAGGCGUAUACGUUUCUUGUUUCCUUAUGCCCAUCUACGAAAUGUCUGACGUACAUGACAUCGGUCGACGUACGGGGAUGAUUAUGAGCAUCGGAGCUAUCGGAGCUCUUCUAGGUCCUCCCAUAUCUGGCGCCAUAAACACAAACACUGGAGGAUACACCGCUGUGGGGUAUUACGCCGGUUCAAUGAUUGUUGUUGCAUCAGCGCUUAUGGUCCUUACUCGACAGUUAUUCCUCAAGAAAUUAUGGGGAAAAUUCUGAAUGCGGCUUUACCCCCGAGUUACUAGAAUUGCUGGACCGCGAUACGUGGAUGAAUCCGUUCAAACCCACGACGCGAUGGACCUUCCUAUCGACUAUCUAUCCAAUCACAUUUACGAUUGGAACACUUGCCUCAAUUAGGCUCUAUCUGACCUCUACCACACGUAAUCUCAACAGAGGAAUAUCAUACAUAUUGCACGCUGUAUCCAUCUCCACACAGACCACUCACGGCAUUUAGAUGUUAAUAUACGUUCGUGAUAUUUUAUGUAGCAUAUUUGUCACGUUAAUGAAAUGAUACUGAUUUCUCAUUUUUGUGGGGUCAAAUAGCGGAGAUGGUUCGUUGCAUGAGUCGCGCCUGAUCCCAAGGGCCUAAAUUCUAAUGCCUUUUGUCGUUUCUUCGUUUAUGUCGUUGCUACUCCCAAUGAACGGUUAUUAAUGAAAUAGGAGAAUGCC